AUGCGGUCUCUUUCCGCGCGUCUCUUUGAGCUCGAAUCUGCUGGCCCUGCUCCAUCGUCAAGAUUUUCCGCGAGCGCGAGCGGGCCGCCCGAAAUACUUCAUCGUAUUCUGAAUCCUCCAAAAUCCCCCACAUAUGUUGGUCCCACAAGUGCCGAGUUCGGCCUCAGUCGGCGAUCCAGGCCUUUAUCUCGCGCGCGGAGUCUCGAAUGCCAUCAUGGUGAUGGGGAUGAUGAUGACAUUGACUUAUCAACGGCCGCUCAUAGCCCUAUUCCCUUAAACACAGAAGAGGCGCUAGAUGGUGGGGACCCGCUCAGCAGCCUUGGACUGCAGGAGACUUUGCGCUUGGUGCAGGUCUACGAGGAUACCGUUGGAAUUAUGUAUCCAUGCGUUGAUUUGGUCAGCGUGCGUGCAUAUGUGGUCGAGUUCUAUCAUUCUCAAAAUCCAUCAUUUGUCAAUGCUUCGGAUCUAAGGCGACCCGACUCGAAUCAGGACUGGUUUCAUGCGCGCGACAUUCAAGUUCUCAAAAUUCUUACAGCAACUGCUCUUCUGGUUGAGACCCAUGGCCGGAGUGAGCGUGCGGCUCAGCUGGCUAACAGUGUCGAAGAUCGUUUCGCCAGUCGGUUGAAAAUUGCAGAGGUUGACAUGAAGGAGAUCCUCAUCCUCACCUUAUUGUCGAUUUUCCACUCUUACCGUGAUGACGAAGUUAUAGCUUGGCGCCUGACUGGUAUGGCAGCCCGCGGCAGCAUGGAAUUAGGUCUACACUGCCAAGAGACGUGGCAGAAGACAGGGGGCGUGUUUCCGGGGGCCUUGGAAUGGAUGUGGGCAAGUCGAUUAUUUUGGUGCAUUUAUGUGCUGGAUAGGAAGUGGUCCUUUGGGACGGGCUUGCCUUUUGCUCUUCAAGACUCGGACAUGGACACCAAUCUACCCGAGCCUGGACACUCAACACCUUAUCUGAGUUGCAUGAUCUCAUAUGCCCGUCUCAGCACCAAGAUAUGGGGCCUUGUUGUUGGUUGGCAGAAUCAGUCGCGCGAAGCCAUCUCGGACGAAUGCGCUUAUCUAGAUGCACAGGUUCAGGAAUGGGUGCAAUCCAUCCCACCUGAAUUGCGCUUUGAUCCACACUGGAAAUCUCCGGCUGGGUCGAAGCAAACCGAUCGUGCAAUGAUGCUGCAGGUUCUACUGGCUCUCCAAGCAAACCAACUUCGAAUCCUCGUCUACCGACAGAAUUUGCUUACUAGCGAGCGUAUCGCAGAUGAUCUGACCGGUGCCUCUACAGCCGUGGAAACGGCGAAAAGCACCGUUCACAUGCUUGACUACUUCAGCCGUGUCUCCGAUAUUUACUUCCAACGACCUGAACCCUUCAAUUACUUCCUGAUUUCGGCGCUAGCAGCCCUAUUCCUGGCCGUUCUGCAUGCUCCAGUGCGUUUUAGCCAUGCCUGUCGACCUGAGUUCUUUACGGCAGUUGAUAUGGUGCGCCGCUCGGCGACUCGCGCCCGCACUUCUCGUCGUUUGCGGAAAAUCAUUCGCAGCCUCAAACGAAUACAAUUAAAUGUACGGUGGCGGAGCAACCAAAGCCAAAAUUCAUCUCUUGACGAGGGUCGCGGCUCGCGUGCGGCGAUUGACCCUCUUUCAGCCUCGGACGCCCACUCUCAAAGAUCCCCUCAGACUAAAAAGAUCGCAUCGCGGAAUAUUCUUGAUUCGACGCCACAAUCGUCGGUCACGGAGUCGUCCUCUACGUGGAAUGUUCCCAGGCUCCCUCAAACAUCCGGCAUGCCAACUGAUCGGCUUUCAUGUGCAACAUUUUGGCCACUUUCGCCCGAUACAGCUAAGGAAUCCGAUACUAACGGGUGCGAGGAUCUGAGUAGCUUCUUUGAGAUUGCCGGUGGGCUUUACUUUGACCCUCGAGCCGGCACUGAUAUUGCGACCGGGGUGGGGCUGGAGAUGUCUCAGUCUGACGGCAUGCGGGGACAGAAUGUUCUGGGCGCGUUUCAAGCUGAGGAUGAGGCAUUGACUCAAGUCAUGGCUGGUCUAUUGUGA